ACUUCAAAAACAGUAAUUGAACUGAGCCCAUUCUGUACGGGAAAAAAAUGUUUUCUUCUCAUUUCUGCCUCCUUAUAAUGUUUCAUUUAAAUAUGUUUAUUAUUCCCAGCGAGACAAUAAAUGUAAACUACAGACGUUUACUCAACACGCUCGAUAAAUAUGAGAUAGUUUACCCCAAAGUUCUAAACAAAAGUGAAGUCAUUCAGCGACUGAAAAGAUCUUCAGGUGGUUUUGAGCCGCUGAAAUCUGAAGACAAAAUUGAAUUUCCAUAUUUCUACAUCAGUAUGAGUAAUUGGACGGUGGAAGCUGAGAAAAAUGAAGACUUGAUGGUAGCUGGAAAUUUCGAGUCGCAGUGGAUCACGACGAAAAAUAGAAAAGUAUCUGUUGAAGAUAGUCUGGUGCUCCAAAAAUGUCUUCCGGUUCACGGGAGUGUGAGGGAAGUUCCGGGAUCCAGUGUUGCCCUCACCAUCUGUCAGAACGAAAUUUUCGGACUUCUGACGAUUGGAGGAAUUCCCCAUUUCAUUCAACCAGUUGAUAAUGACAGCCACGUACUCUAUGAAACGAAACUACCGGCGAAAUUAUCUACGAUGAUGAAGAGACGUCACAGGAGUAAUAACAUUCGUAAGCCAAGUGCAGAGAUGGAAGAUGAUGCUAACAACAUUCGCAUCCGAUCCCCUGGCAUAAGAACACCGUCAGUCAACCCACCUCUUUGUUCAAACACCAGCGAUGAUGAUGAGUUGGAUCGUAGGAAGACAGCACAUGGAUAUAACACUUAUCGGUCUAGUAGACGCUGCAGAAAUCGACCUAAAAGGGCAUUGACCAUUUGCGAUACAAGAGAAAAGAUCAAGAUGUUCCGAGAUGUUGCCGGUAUGGAUUACCUAGAUAUGGUAGAUCCAUCAUCACCCAUUGUACGACCAAAAACUCCAGCGCACGAAAAUCCGUUCCUUGGGUAUAAGCCUCCACUUUAUGGAUUGCAUCGUUCUAUGAACACUCAGAGAGACGGAAAUGGUCGAAAAACGCACAACAGAUAUCCUAGACAACCUAGAAUGACUUCUAAAUGGGUAAAGAUGAUUGUUGGAGUAGAUUACGAUGUCAUCGAGUUUCAUGAAGACCGAACACACCAGUAUGUCUAUACGAUUUUGAAUAUCGUCAGUACAUUGUUCAAACAACUUUCGAAAACGAUACCAAUGAGAAUGAUUGUCCUGAAGUUAUUGAUGCAUCCGGAGGCUGAUCAAAGUCCAAUUUACGCGAAUGGUACAAAAUAUCCUCUGUACAAUGUAAACAAUUGGAAUCGUGGUGUAUGGGAAGAGGCUCGUGAGAAACAUGACAUGGCAAUAUGGAUAACUCAGUUUGAAAUUCCUGAGUCAGUGAGGACAGUACCAGGAGCAUAUAUGUGUGAUUAUCAGUGGCACUGCCUUCUGGUUGAAGACGCUGGCUGGUUUUCCGCAAUUAAAAUUGCUCAUGCCAUCGGGCACUUGGUUGGACUGACGCAUGACGGUGAUAUCAAGAUGAAGAAUAACUGUGCAUCGGAGAGUCUUCUUCGUACAACCAUAAUGUCACCGGAGAUACCCACAAUCAUACCCACACCUGUUUGGUCUUCCUGCUCCGCUCAGGAGUUCCAUGUCAACAUCAUGAGAUAUCAUUGCUUGGAGAGGCCUCCCAUGCACUUGCAAAAUAGUGCAUUUAUGUCAGGAGUUUUUUCAUUGGAUGAACAAUGCAGGAUUGAAUUUGGCGAUGGGUGGAUAUUCUGCAGUAGGAUUCUGGUGACAGACCCUUGCAAGGAAUUAUGGUGCAAUCGAGCAACCGGGAGUCGGCGCAGUUGUAUGACUCGUCAGACGCCAACCUUGGAAGGCACCGCGUGUGGUCGUGGCAAGAGGUGUAUAAACCAUACAUGUGAAAAUGCAAAACGGCCUGUUCUAGACGCAACUACUAUAAUGGUAGCAUCUGAAGAAUCACCAACGCUAGAACCUAUUACUACCACUACUACUACUACAACUACCACCACCACCACCACCACUACUACCACAUUUCGACCAUUUGAACCGAUGUUACCCACAAACAAUCCUCAUCCGGCAUUGUACAAUACACCUUCCUAUUUUGAUGAAAAUGAUAUGAAUCAAUAUCCGGAAUAAUGAUUUUAGUCACUCACUAGGACAUAGUAAUCUUGAAACGAUCUUAUAACCGAUGAAAAAAUUUUUUAGAAAAAUAAUAAGAAAUAUUUUGUGCACAAGUUGGUAUCAUGAAUAUGUUAUAUGGAAAGAAAUAUUCAAUAAAAAAUCUAGGGAAUGCGCCGAUCAUGUUCCGUAACAAUUCCCAAAAUUCAUUAAUUUUUAUUAAGUCCCUCUCUCCGUGUAUUUAAGUGAUAUUUUUCUCUCGAUGUACUGUUUUCCAAAAUAUUUUACAAAAUAAAGUAGAUGGAUUAUUCCUCGACAAAUUUGUUAAUUUUCUCCGUACAAAUUUCCGAUUUAGAAAAAAUGAAUAUUAAAUUCCGAACUUCCUGCAACUGAAUAAAAUUUUAAUUAAUUAGAAGUGAGGAUCAGGAUGGACUAGCCCAAUUGGUGCCGCCGAACAGUGAAUGUCAUUGUUGUUCCACCUUUGGUGGAUUACAUCCUCAUUUUUGCGAGCCGGUCGCGACCUGAUCUAUGAAUGAAUGACAGUGGUGAAUAUUUGUUUAGCAUUAUAGACUAGGUUUUUUAU